CACAGCCCAGCGGAGUGGGGCGACUCCCACAAUGCACUGGGGGCGGCCCCGCCAGGCACCCGCUCCUCCCCUCCCCUCCCUGCGGCGCCGGGAGGGGCCCCGCGUUGGCGGCCCAGGAGCAAGAAGAGAAACUCGCAAGGGGAAAUGUAUCAAAGGGCAGUUAGUUCUCCGCUAACUCAAAGAAGGAAGUCAGUCGCCCUCUGAGUAACAUCCAUUAUCAAAUAUGAAUGUGAUCAACUUUAAUAAAUCAGAAAACAAGAACAACAUUUUCAGCAGUCCUAUCCUGCGUGCAAGAUCCAGCCUGUGACAAUACCUGGGAAGAGUAUGAAUGUUUCAGAGAACUGGCUGUUCAAUGGUUCCUCAUUAGCCUCUCAAGUUCAUGCUGCUGCUAUUAAUGGAGAUAAGGGUGCCCUCCAGAAGCUAAUAGCAGGAAACCCUGAGUUGAAAGAUAAAGACGACCAGUUUGGGAGGACUCCACUCAUGUACUGUGUGUUGGCUGACAGGCUAGAUUGUGCUGAGGCCUUGCUGAAGGCAGGAGUAGGUAUUAAUAAAGCUGAUCAUAGCCGGAGAACUGCUCUCCAUCUUGCUGCACAAAAGGGAAAGCAAUUCGUUGAACUGGCUACUCUGAAAUGGACAAGAAGUUCUUACUGUGGAAAUUAUCGCUUCAUGAAACUUUUACUUGCUCGUAGAGCAAACUGGAUGCAAAAGGAUUUAGAAGAAAUGACUCCUUUACAUUUAACUACCCGCCACAAGAGUCCCAAGUGCUUAGCUUUGUUACUAAAAUACAUGGCACCAGGUGAAGUGGAUACACAGGACAGAAACAAGCAAACUGCUCUGCACUGGAGUGCCUACUACAAUAACCCAGAGCAUGUGAAACUUCUUAUAAAACACGAUUCUAAUAUUGGAAUCCCUGAUAUUGAAGGCAAAAUCCCACUUCAUUGGGCAGCUAACCACAAGGAUCCCAGUGCAGUUCUAACAGUCAAAUGUAUUCUGGAUGCUGCUCCCACAGAAUCUUUAUUGAACUGGCAGGACUAUGAAGGACGAACCCCCCUUCAUUUUGCAGUUGCUGAUGGGAAUGUGGCAGUGGUUGAUGUCCUGACCUCUUACGAAGGCUGCAAUGUGACAUCUUAUGACAACCUCUUUCGAACUCCUCUUCACUGGGCAGCUUUACUGGGCCAUGCACAGAUUGUCCAUCUCCUGUUAGAAAGAAAUAAGUUUGGAACCAUCCCAUCUGAUAGCCAAGGGGCAACACCCUUACAUUAUGCAGCACAGAGCAACUUUGCUGAAACAGUUGAAGUAUUUUUGAAACAUCCCUCUGUGAAAGAUGACUCAGACCUUGAGGGAAGAACAUCCUUUAUGUGGGCAGCUGGGAAAGGCAGUGAUGAUGUCAUCAGGACUAUGCUGAAUUUAAAAUUGGACAUUGAUAUCAACAUGGCAGAUAAAUAUGCUGGCACAGCAUUACAUGCUGCUGCCCUUUCUGGCCAUGUCAGCACUGUGAAAUUGCUCUUAGAACAUAAUGCACAGGUAGAUGCAACUGAUGUAAUGAAGCACACUCCACUUUUCCGAGCCUGUGAAAUGGGACACAAAGAAGUGAUACAGACACUCAUUAAAGGCGGAGCAAGAGUAGAUUUGGUUGAUCAAGAUGGCCAUUCUCCCCUUCACUGGGCAGCUCUGGGUGGAAAUGCUGAUGUAUGUCAAAUUUUGAUAGAAAAUAAAAUCAACCCAAAUGUACAGGAUUAUGCAGGUAGAACUCCCUUGCAGUGUGCUGCAUAUGGAGGCUAUAUUAACUGCAUGGUCGUGUUACUGGAAAAUAACGCAGAUCCAAAUAUUCAAGAUAAAGAGGGAAGGACUGCUUUACAUUGGCUGUGUAAUAAUGGCUACCUUGAUGCUAUAAAGUUGCUGCUGGGUUUUGAUGCUUUCCCUAAUCACAUGGAGAACAAUGAAGAGAGAUACACACCACUUGAUUAUGCUUUGCUUGGAGAACACCAUGAGGUGAUUCAGUUUAUGUUAGAACAUGGUGCUCUAUCUAUAGCUGCCAUACAGGACAUUGCUGCCUUCAAAAUCCAAGCUGUCUACAAAGGAUACAAGGUUAGAAAGGCUUUCCAAGACAGAAAAAAUCUUCUAAUGAAGCAUGAACAGCUGAGAAAAGAUGCUGCUGCCAAGAAACGUGAAGAAGAAAAUAAGAGGAAGGAAGCAGAGCUGUUGAAGGGAAUGCAGAACCUCGUACUCAAUAGGGUGCAAGUACAGCCACAUCCUGCAAAUAGAGAGAAGAGUAACAGAACUCCUAGCACUCCACAGCUGUCUAGUAAACAAAUUGAUGUACAUAGUAACAGGCUUUUCUGCAGUAGCAUUUCUCAAAACCAGGCAGGGAAAAACAAUAGAGGAUCACCUGCAACCUCUCAAAACAAAACGACACCAAAGGAAAAAUGUCUGUCUGCAGAACUACUGGGUGAAGAUCACAAAAACAAAAAAGAAUUAUCCAGAAAACACACCAAAAGCAAGACAGCUUGUGUCCAUUUCCAUUGUGGUAAAGAAAAUGAUGGAGCCAAAGUUGAAGCUAACCAUCAAGUUGUGGCAGCCACAGAGUGGUAUGGUGAAAAGCACAAGGAGCAGACUGCAAGCGCGAAAGGCUUAGCACAUGGCAAUGAAAAGCACAUCCCUUGUUGUAACACAGCCAGUGCAGGGGAGAAAUUAGCAGAUCAAAGUCAAUCUAUAGCUGGCAACGGAAGCUAUUGUGAAGGAACAACAGGGCACUUGCAGAAUAUUAACUGCACGGAUGGAAACUCAAGGAAUUCAAGGCAGUGUGAAACGCUAUCAAAAGGCAAACCGCGCACGCUGAAAGCAAGAAAUAAAGAGUUAAACAGUGAGAGAUGUUCCCCAGCUGGCUCCAGUAGACCUGGAAGUGCCAAAAUGAGAUUUGUAAACAUCAGAAAUGACAGUUCACAUGCCGUAUUACAAACUAACAAUGUAACAAAUAAUGAAUUAGCAAAAAAGACCUGCCCUUUACUGUCUAUCAAAGCAGGAACUACAAGACCUGUGCCAAGUGAUCCAACAGCUCACGCUAUUUUUGAUGAUAGUCUGAACUUGGAAAAAAUAGAUAUAACGGGGUCCAAGAAUGCAGAUGAUCGAUUACGUUCCCAUCUCACAUGUCAGAGUAUGAAUAUUGAACUUAUCCCAUUAGAGAUCCGUAUGCAGAUAAUAGAAAAGGAAAGAAAAAGAAAAGAGCUAUUUCGGAAGAAGAACUAUGCUGCUACUGUUAUUCAGAGGACAUGGAGAAGUUACCAACUUAGACAGAAGUUGGUCCAGCUCUUUGGUGCUGAGCGGCAAUGCAAAGAAGAUGAAGACAAAUGGAGACAAGAGACAGCUGCCUUUUUCAUCCAGGUCGCUUGGAAGAAACAGCUGAACCAUGGCCCUCUGAAAUCAGUGUCUUCAUGUAAAAACCUAAAAUCUAUAAAUAAAAGCAACUCAGCCAUAAAAACAAGCAAGCAAUCCAUCCUUAAGCAGAUAUACGGGUGCUCUCAAGAAGGAAAAGUUUGCCAUCCAGCAAGACCUUCAAAGUAUAAGCUUUCUGAUGUGCACGUGAUCUCAGUAAGCAACCUGCAGUAUGUUCACCUGCUGGAGAAUGAAGGAAAACUGAAGCAGUUUUCAUACAACAUGAGACCAACCACUGCUGCAAAGUCAAAAACCAAAAGACCUGAGCAUUAAGCAAAGCUGAGUAGUAGUAAUAGGGAACCUGAGAACAACUUAAAGACUACUCCCCAGUUCUACAGGGAUGUAUGAAAUCUUUCUUGUAAUUGAAGAAAGUAUACAAAAUAUUAAGCUAACAAAGGUAUUUUCCGUUAUUGUAUUAUCUCAGUGCUGUAUGCCAAACCAGACUUCCAGGGAGUUGAACUCAUUCCGUGUACGAAUGAAAUGUAGAAUUAAAGAGUAAUUUAUUUAUUUGCUGACAUUACAGAAUUUCAACUUUCAUCAAGUUGAGAGGUAGGCUGGAAUUAGCAAUUUACAGAAUUUAUCAAAAUUAUCCAUAAAUAUGUUUUGAGUGUGUUAAUUACAGCCCUAUGUUCAGCCACAUAUGGGGUAUGAAAAAAACUUAAUACUGCACCUGCUCAUUAUAUAGCCUUCUCCAGCCCUAUCAAAGCACUUUUGAUUUAUGAAAGUUAAAAUAAAACUUCCUGGGAGAAUAAUAUAAGUACGUAGUUUUCUCUAGGUAAAAAGCAUAAAACAAGGGCUAGUUCUACACUUAGGGUAGGUCCAUACUUACCCGCCGGGUCGACGCGGAGAGUUCGAACUAUCGCGUCUAAUCUAGACGCGAUAGUUCGAACUCCGGACGCGCUCCCGUCGACUCCGGAACUCCACCAC